ACUCCAUAAAGACCUUUGGCUACACGAAUUUCUUCCCUAAAAUCGAAUGCCUGUAUCGAAUCCGGAGAAAAUGUUGACAAGAGAGGAGGUUUUAACACACUCCUCGAGAGAGAGCUGCUGGGUCGUUAUCAAUAACGCUGCAUAUGAUAUGACACAUUUCUUGGAUUCUCAUCCAGGUGGGCCGGGCAUCAUUUUGAAGUAUGGGGGACGAGAUGCGACAGCUGCUUUCGAGCCAAUACACCCAAGCGAUACCUUGGAAAAUCAUCUCAAGUCAGAGUAUCAUCUAGGACCUGUUUCUGGACCCGUGCCUGAAGUCGAGGAGGAUGCCAAGAGCAAAGCCCCUGAAGUCACUCCUGGGGAGAAGAAGCCUACCCUAGGAGCUAUCAUCAACAUACGUGAUUUCGAGUUGGCUGCCCCGAAACUAUUACCUCCAAAGUCGUUUGCAUACUUCAAAGCCGGUGCGGAAAGCGAGUACACCUCACAAUGGAACCGAGACAGCUGGCAGGCCAUUAGGUUUCGACCUCGUGUUCUACGUCCUAUUGAGGAAAUUUACACGUCAACCACAAUUCUUGGCAAUGAGUGCUCUGUGCCAUUUUUCAUCUGUCCUGCUGGCGGCGGGAAGCUCGCUCACCCCAAAGGCGAGGUGCUGUUGACGAAAGCUGCGGCAAAGCAUGGUGUUCUCCACUGGAUAUCUAAUGUUGCAGGCUGCUCGCAAAAGGAAAUGACGGCUGCGAAAGCUCUUGGUCAGAAUCAAUGUUGGCAGAUUUAUGCCAUGAGUGAUUUAGCUGUGACGGAGAAGGAGAUCAAGCAGGCUGUCAAAGACGGGUUUAAGGGUUUCUGCUUGACAGUUGAUGCCAUUCGUGCAGGAAAGCGGGAACGAGAUAUGAGAAUGGAAUUAGAUGAGGAUGAGGCAGCGAUCUACUCCGAAGAGGAAGACGAGAGCUUUGAAAAGGAACCGACUGUCAAGCGGGGUGCCAUAUGGUCAUCAUUCGACUGGGUCUCGUUCGUCAAAUGGAUCCGAACAAUGACUGAUUUACCGGUCUGUGUCAAAGGAAUCCAAACAUGGGAGGACGCAAAACUGUGCAUGGAGCAUGGAGUCCACCCUUGGCUUUCCAACCAUGGUGGUCGACAGCUAGAAGGAGCACCUUCUGCAGCUGAGACCUUAGUUUCUAUUCGAAAGCAUUGUCCAGAAGUAUUCGACAAGUGUGAAGUUAUCGCCGAUGGUGGGGUUCUGAGAGGUACAGAUAUCCUCAAAGCUCUCUGUCUCGGAGCAAAGGGAGUGGGUCUUGGAAGAGGCUUCUUGUACUCGCUUGUAUUUGGAGAACCGGGGGUCAACAAAGCAAUUCGAAUUCUAAAGCAUGAAGUUGAAGUUGGGAUGGCGUUGUUGGGGGUCACUUCAAUCGAUCAGUUGAAUCCUUCAUAUGUUGACACGAGAGGACUCGCCUUUGCAUCGGCAUUUCCACGAGCACACUUGUAAUUCCAAAGAGGUGCCAGAACCAGGCCGUUUGUUCAAGAAGCCUUCGGGUAUUGGCAGCAAAGCAGCCUGCUGUGGAAAAGUAUACGGUGCCAUGUGCAUUUAUCACAUAGAUAGAGGACAUAGACUAGUUCCACAUGUUCCGUACAAUAUGGCCAGCCAUUCCC